AGGCCUCGCUAGCAAAUGCUAUUUUAAACAUACUUCCUUCGUGAGCAGUGGAUUAACAAGCACCUAUACGAAAAUAACCUUCAAUAACAGACGGCUCGCCGGCGGACAGCUCUUCAGAACAGGCAGCAUUCACCGGGGAUGGACGUCUGGACGCCAUUUCUAAUGUUCAUUUAGCUGCACUGUGUGGAUGGAGCACAGCAACCCAGAGAUACUGAGAGACCCUGGAGAGGCAGGGCUGACAGACCAGGAGAAUUCGGAGGCAUUCUGCCUAGAAAAGGAGCAGACAAGAUGCAGUCCCUGCAUGGUGACCGAGGAUGGAAUCACUAAUGGUUCCUGGUCUCAGAGGUCCCUGACCCGCUCCCUGCAGCGAGCCGAGACCCUGCUCAGAACCUUUAACCCCGGCAUCAAGUGGCUGUUCCAGGGCCGCCAGGAUGAGGAGGACAUGGAGAGACAUUUUGUGGUCGCUCACAAUCUGGUGUCCCGGUCCUCUGCUCGUCUCCUGCGUCUGCACCAAGCUGUGGUGACUGUGGCCCCCCAGUGGCAGUCGGUGGGCAGGGAGCAGACAGGGUCUCCCCGGGUGUGUGUUAAAGGCCUCCCAGCAGACAGUGGGGUGCUCCUCCUGCCCUCCUCCCUCCUCCUGCAGGGACACCACUCAGCUCUGAGGAGGCUCCUGGAGCAGCGGGUCCUGCUGCUCUUCAUUCACGAGUUCACCAGGAGGGCCCGCCUCACAGCAGCUUUCAUCUCCAGAGUGCGCCACCUGCUGGAGGAACAGCUGAAGAACUCACACCUGACACUUAACCAGAGUUCUUCAGUCAGGGGGGGACUCUGCUCGCUGAGUCAGGAGCUGAGGGUCCACCUCAGCCACUGGUCCUGUCUGUUCUCCAGAGUCCAGCAUGACCCCCCCCUGAGAGCGGCUCUGAGCCCGCAGUCCGAGCUGAUGCUGCAGGUCAGAGGCAGUCUGGAGCUGCUGGGGGUGCAGGCGCUGCUUCUGGUGGAGCAGUAUGUGUACGCCCUGCUGUGUGCUGUGGCCCACACUGAGGGGCACUGUGUCCCCAGAGAGCUCCUGCAGGACAUUUUGGCUGGCACGGAGCUGUAUAACCAGGCGGUGGGAGAGCAGAGAGCGCAGCACAGCGCCACCCAGCUGAGGACUGCAGUGUUACAGCAGGCUCAUUACCCCCCCCUGGACUCCAGUCAGCCCAGCAGCAGAGGGCCUCACCCUGCUGCCUUCUCCCUCAAAGAGCUGAUGAGGAUUUUAGCAGUGCAUCAGGCAGAUGUGGCAGCCCAGCAGCUGCACUGCAUGGCCUCUGAACAGACCCGCGAGGCCUUGGCAUGUUGUCAGAACUCAUCCAGUCAGGGGGCCGGGCCCCGCUGCAGGACCCCUGAACUGAGACCUGAGUGGACCUGGGAGCGGCUACAGCAAACCUACCUCACCCCCUCUCCUCUCUUCUCCACCAAUCACCCCCCCCUCCUGCAGUCAUCAUCUCGUCACAGAUGCCAUCAGACUCCUCCUGUUUACAUCCCUGACCUUCAUGUAGACAGAACACUCUCUGAAAACCCCCAUCCUGUUCAAGCCAAGCCCCCCCCUGUCCACCACAGGCCCGGGUGCUUUGACAAAGGCCACACAGACACCCCCCCGACCAGUGUGAAUGCUUUUAGGUUAGCCCAACCACAUGUAGAAAAACAGACCAGCUUAGAAAAACAAUGGCCGACCAUCUCCCUCCCUCCAGCCCCCAUCCAGCCCCCCUCCCUGUCAGGGCUCUGCCAACAGGACCAGUCCUCAGUGGAGCUUCUGUUUCAGGUGCUCCUCUCCUCCAAUGAGCUGCUGGCUCCACUAGUUUCACAUGCAGCUGCACCUGGAGCUGAUCAGCUACUCUCUCACACAGCAGCAGAGGUGUUCUCAGCCAAUGGGAAGGCUCCAGUCAGAAAUACAGCUGAUUCAGCAGAUUGGAAUAUUGUGAGUACAGAACUGAACAAAGACCAACGUGUGGAUGGUCUGCAGGAAUGGGCUGAACUGGAAAUACCCCCCCGGCGAGAAGCUGCUGUCAGGGAUGGAGCCCCAGAGAAGGAGGAGCCUGUGGGUGCAGAGUGUGCCACAGAUGGAGCACGCUGGCCUCAGUCGGUACAGUGGCUGGACGUGGGUCAGUCUGUGUUGUUUGCCGAUGUGUGUGGGCAGUACCGCAGCCUGCUGUGGGCGCUGUGCAGCAAGGCCCUGAGGCUGCAGCUGCAUGUGCCACCUGCAGGGGGCACUGCAGGGAGCAUCAACCUCCAACACACACUCACAGGGUUCCACAUCCUGCACAGCAUGAGGCACGCUUCACACGCAGAUCUGAUCCCUGAGGAGUGCCGGACCAUGCUGCAGGACUUCAGUCUGUAUGUGUUAGUGGUCACUGCACAUGCUCAGUGGGACAAUGUGGUGUGCAGGAGUUUGGGUUCCGCUCUGAAAGAUAAGUGUCUCACGGUCGUGAAUCAGCCGUCAUCUGAGCAUGAUGGAGAUGUGAUGAUGUCAGAGACCAUGAAGCACUUCCUGCUGCUGUCCCCGCCUCUCCUGUCAUCUGUGUGUGGCCUUCACUCAAACAGUAUGGCCUCAGCUUCAGUACGGCUCUCCCCCCCCAGGCUCACUUUGCAGAGUCAGACCGUUAGCUUGCUGUUAGCCACCGUGCAGCUGUCUACAGUGUGGGUCAUGUCCAAGGCUUACCAGUUCCUGUCCUCAUGGAGCCUCAACAAGUUCCUACUCAUCUCACAGGGAGACCUCAAGGUGCUCUCAGAGUCAUUGGAGAUGAUGCUGCGUCAGACUAAAUCCCUGAUGAUACAUUUAGACAGUAACCAAAGUUCCAGUGUCCACCCCCACAGCCAGCUCCUGCUGCGGCGGCGUCUGGGAGCGCUGGACGGAGCGGUGUCCGAGCUGCAGACCUUCUCCUCCCUGCUGCUGCACACCUUCUCCAGUGACUGCAAGAGGAUGUCAGGGGAGAUCUUUGAGCAGACCAUGCCCUCUGCUGGACACUGGAGACCCAGCCUCAGGACAGGUUUUCCCAGCAGCCCCAGUGAGUAUGUGUCUCUGGCAGCUCAGACUGUGAUUGGCCAGGUUUUAGAGGGCGUGGCUCCACUGUCCGAGGAUGCCCGUGUCCAGGCUCUGAGCAUCACAACCACAGCUUUCAUGGAGGCCUGGAUGGAGCACAUCCUGAAACAGAGGAUCAAAUUCAGUGUGCAGGGGGCUCUCCAGCUGAAGCAGGACUUUGAUUCCAUCAGAGAGUUGAUCCAGUCUGACAGAUACGGUCUGUCAGCAGAACUCCACCAGCGCCUGCUCAGCCUCCGGGUGUUCCAGCAGGUGGACUCAGCCGUGAUGUGCCUGCUCCAGCAGCCGCAGGCCAAACCGUACCUGAGGCCCCGAGCCUGGGAGCCGUUCACUCGCUGCUGCCCGGCCAGCAGCAGAGACAGCAUGGACGCAGCAGUCGGGAGCAGUAUCACCAACCUGAGGAGCAUGGAGGGGGAGGAGCUGACUCCGUGUGAUCCUUCAGUGGUGACCUCUGACCUCCCUCCUCUGAACCCCUCCUCCCCUGGAGAGCCCUACCUCGCCCCCAGUGCCGCUCUGGGUGCUGCUCAGAGGGAGUGGCUGGAGCUGAGGAUCCACAGCAGCACCCCCCGCUGGAGGCUGCCGGGACUGCACUGCCUCUGGAAGUCUGAACCCUGACCACACACUCACAUUCACACACACACACACACACACACACACACACACACACACACACACACACACACACACACACACACACACACACACACGGCUCUUUGGAAUCAAAGUCGUAGUUUGAUGUAAUCAGUACAAACAUUUUAUUUUGGUUGUGAAUAUUUUUUGCAAAUAAGAAUGUGAAAACCCCCAUGUAUUAUUUUUAAUAAUGUAAAGAAGAUUUAAUCAUUUCUUUUAAAAUAUAUAAGAUAUUUGUUUUACCACU